AUGUCUUCAGCCAGACGUCGUGUGCCCGUUCAGCCGAACGAGCACGACGACAGAGAAACGACGUUUCAUCGUAGACGUCGGCUCGAGGAGGCUCACUUGGCCCGCGUUCGCCGUGAUCACGCAAUUGCACAAUCUACCCGGAAAUAUCGUUUCGGAUGGAAGCACGGCAAGACGAUGGCUUAUCGCGACAAGUACGGCGUCGAGGUGGCCGGAUACUUCAGCUUGAAGGAGAUGCACAAUCAUCGUGUCCGCUUUUUCCCGAGAAACUGCAGACCACGGGAUGUGUCGGCGCCGGCGAUUGCGUACACUUGCGCUGGGCACGCUCGUCCCAUGUGCUAUCGUCCGUUCGGAAUGCUUCCACCGCAUAUUAUGAAUGCGUUGGAAAGCCACUACUUGCAAGUGACUAAAGGACUCAUGGUCCCUGAAGCGGAUUUGUACAACAACAUUGAUCAACCGACCGAGCCAAACUUCCCCUCGGUGAUCGAUCCGGCUUCUUUCCAGAAGCUUAUUCAGACAGCUUGUGAAACCAGUCUGAAACUCAAGGAGCAGAAUGAGUAUUUGCGCUCUGGCCCAAAAGGAAUGCCGAGAUUUUUGACUCAUCCGCGUCCGUACAAAAACCAGAUUUUGGUACGUUUCCACUUCCAUUCCGGGUUUCCACCUCAUUACAAAAUUUUCAGACUCACGGAGAAAUGAUCGGCUCGUUUGUGAUGUACGGAACCGGUAAGAAUGUGAGAUCGGUGUGCAUGAAGACGAGACAAGUGUUCUACGCGCACGUGCUUCCUUUGUGGAAAAUCGAGAAGAUAAUCGAGGUGAUGCAGCGUCUGCAGAUUCCCGACGACAAAAUGUAUCACAGCCCUGAUGAUCGUCGUUUGAGGUAAGAAAGUCGAUAAUGAAAUAGGUGCAACGGAACGAAUUUCAGCGAGUUGUGUGUUUCGAAGCGCACGGAGAUCAUCAAAGCCGAUGAUCGCUACAUUCUGUUCACUCCAUCCGAAUCCAACACUGUUCACUCAUUCGCUUUUGAACGCAUGGAUAAGAUUACCGAGAGAGAAUGUAUGGAGAUUUUCAAGAAGGUACGAAACUGCGCAAAAUGUUUGCCUGAAAGCCAUUACUUUAUUCAGAUGGUAGAGCUUGUCAAAUUCUGUCACAGCAGAGGAGUUCUCAUGCGUAACACCAAGCCCAGAAACUACUAUCUGACAAUUGUGAACGGAGAGUUCGUGGUUCGUCCUAGCUUCUUGGUCGAUUUCUGUGUCGAGGCGGACAACACUGACGCGAUGUACGCUCGCCAAUCCGUCUGCCUUCCGUUCUUGGCUCCUGAGGUUAUUUAUCCGCUGUGGGGAUUUUGCAAUCAACUCAUGCUUCAGAUGCUCACCGCCAACCCGGUACCAAUGCACAACCGUGCCAGUGAGAUGUGGUCUCUGGGAAUAAAUUUGUUCAUUCUGCUCACUGGAAAAUAUCCAUUCUUCGCCAAAACUGAGCGCCUCUUGUUCCGUGCCAUCAAGCGCAAGCAGCAAGUCUGGCCGAUCAACUACAUCUCGCCUAGAAGUAGGCAUAAAACCAAUUAAAUAUCAGGAACUUAUUUCGAAAUUUCAGCUAAGGCAAUUGUGGAGGGUCUUCUGAUCAAGAUUCCGGCUUUCCGCACAACUUUGGAUGAACUCUGCCUGGAACUCGAGUACACAUUCCCGGAUAUCAGAUGCCGUUCGAACAUGCUCUUGAGAUAUCAGGAUAUGAGAGUCAAGAAGCGCCUCUUGUCUAUGUACUGGAAUAGCUAUCAGAACCGUCUGCUUCCGCACAAUAUUCGUCCAAUCCGCGAAGAGUUGGAUAUACUCCUUCAAGACCUCCCACUGGCUCGGGAAAUGUCGGAGGCCGAUACUCGCCUCAUUCACGAUCAAGUCAGACACAACAUCAGAGAGAAUCUAACCGACAUACACAUGGGAAUUAUCAAUUUGCGUUUGGAUCAAAUUAAUGAUCUUGUGCAAAAGAGGGACGAGGAAGAUUGUCGAAGACUGAACUGUGAGCCCGAUCCAGUGACGCUGACUAUCGACGAUAUUUCGCUGGAGCUUCUGCUGCCUCGUUCGAUUUACCCGACGAGCCAGUACUAUCAUCCCAGCCAGAAUGAUGUGGAUCAUCUGGUCUACAAACUCCUGCAGGAGACCGGAAAUCUGGAGUGGCCAUUGUGCCUCUACAACGGAAUCGAGACGGUUUUCCCGGCUCCCAAGUUCAGGGGCCGUGAUAUUUCGACUAUCUAG